AUGUUGUCGUAUCAGUCUAUAUUGGUGACAGCCCUACUAGCAUGGGCGCCGGCUAUUGCUUCGGCCGCACCGGCGGCUGCCGGUCUUCUCGGUCCCGCCUUUGCGGCCCCGACCCGUCUUGCCGCGGAGCCGUCGAUCCGCGCCGCGGCCGCCAACGUGACGGCGCUCCUGGACGAGCUGUUCCGCACCGGCACGUCGCCGUGGGGCAGCCUGCACGCCGCCAACGACACGGCGCUGUCCGUGCAGGUGCUGUCCAUUGACGAUGACGACGGCGCGCGGAUCGUGGAUUACCACCACAGCCCCGGCAACUUGAACGUGUCGGCGGGCAGCGCGGCGCGGGUCGACGCCGACACGGUGUAUAGAAUCGGGAGCAUCUCCAAGCUGUUUACAGCGUACGCGCUUCUGGUCAACCAGGGCCGGAAGUGGUGGGACAAGCCCGUGUCAGAGAUCUUGCCGGAGCUUGGGGGACAGCGGGAGGAGCGCGGGGAUGGUGCGCAGACGCGAUGGGGGGAGGUUACUGUUGGGGCACUGGCCUCGCAGAUGGGCGGCGUCAGCGCUGGCUAUUCUACGCAAGACAUGGCUUCUUUUCCCAUGUUUGGCGCCGCAGCCGGCCUUCCUCCGCUCAAGCCAGACGAGAUGCCCAAAUGCUCCAACGAUCCUUCACAGCCGACCUGCACCAGAGAGCAGUUCUUUCGCGGCUACCUCAAGCAGCACGCCGUACAAGCACCUUGUACCACGGCCAUCUACUCCAACGCCGGCUACCAUCUUCUAGGCUACGUCGUCGAGGCGCUCACCAACCUGUCCUUUGCGGAUGCGCUGCAAAGAACAGUCCUUGACCCGUUGGGCCUGAGGCACUCGGGAGCCACACUUCCUGCGAAGAAAGGCACGGGUGUGAUUCCGCAAGGCGAUUCCGGCUGGGACUUGCCCAUGGGCGACGAUGUUCCCACGGGCGGCAUCUACGCCUCGACGCGCGACUUGGGCGAGUUUGGCAGGGCAAUACUGAGCCACGCGCAGCUGUCGCCGCUGGAAACGCGCCGCUGGAUGAAGCCGCACGCGCACACGGCGCUCUGGAGCAUGUCCGUCGGCGCGCCUUGGGAGAUUAUCCGCACCCGCAGCCGCACGACCACCGGCCACCCCGUCGACCUGUACACCAAGUCGGGCGACGUCGGCGCGUACAGCUCCAUUCUCAUCCUGAUUCCCGACUACGGCGUCGCGGUGCCGAUUCUCGCCGCGGGCAGCGACUCGGCGACGGCCGUGGGCGUGGCCGUCGAGCGCGUGGUGCAGGGGAUCCUGCCCGCGCUGGAGACGGCGGCGCGGAGGCAAGCUGCGACCAACUUGGGCGGACUGUACAGCACGACCGGCAACUCGACGCUGGUGCUGAAGGCGGGCGGCCAAGACGGGAUGCUGAUUGAAAAGUGGGUGAGCAACGGCGUCGACACCCUCGCGGGGCUGGGCAUGUUUGCGCAGAGCAGCGGGCGCACGCUGCGCCGGCUGAGCCUCGUUCCCAUGGGGCUAGAGGAAAAGGAGAAGGAGAAGGAGGCAGAAGAAGAGGAGGAGGAUGAUGGCCAGCGGCGGCGGGUGUAUUACAGGGCGCUGAUUGAGACGACGCUGGACGGCGUGGACGAGGCGGUGCCGAGGGUCAAUGAUUUGAAUGACGUGGCGUGGAACUUGCUGGAUGCGUAUCAAUGGGGCGGUAUUGGCAUCGAUGAAUUUGUGUUUAUGCUGGGAGAGGAUGGAAAGGCGACGGCGGUGAGGCCGCGGGCCAUGCGGGAGACGUACAUGAGGAGGUAG